GUCGUUUGCGUGAAUCUACCGAUCGCAUGCCUGUGUAGAUUUACCCGUUUCGUUGCGUUACCUCGGCAGUGGACUCGCGUUGUUAUUUUUACGUGCAUACUACGCAAACUGAGCGUUGUUGAUUCGCCCUACUACAGGCGCCACAGAUAUUCGCGAAUAUGGGAGAAGUCGCGCAAUCCGGCAGUACAACGCCACUUCAAGACGACUGCUGUUCGACUAAAAGCGAGAAGAGAAAAGUACGCAGGCGGAAGAAGAAACUUUUCAAGAGCAUUCGGGAUCAGAUGGAGUUCUACUUCAGCGACGCCAAUCUCCGCAAGGAUCGUUAUAUGAACCAUCUCGUGCUGAGAGAUGAGGAAGGAUACGUGGACCUCGAGGUGUUUCUGACAUUCCACAAAAUACGCUUCUUAACUUCAGACGUCAGGGACAUAGCAGGUGCUAUAGCCACAUCCAAAUUACUGCAGAUGGAUGAGGAGCACAGGCGGGUGCGACGUGGUUCUGAGUUCACGGCUAAGGUUGAUGUUGAUGAGUGCACACUGUACGUUGAACGGUUACCUCUGCACGCUGAUCACGCAUGGCUGAAGGGGGCCUUCAGUCGACAUGGGCAAGUGGUCUAUGUGAGCCUUCCACGGUAUCGUCAUAACAACCGCAUCAAGGGGUUUGCCUUCAUCGAGUAUGCCUCACCGGAAGAUGUUGACAGAGCUUGCAAGCACUUUGGCUAUCAGGAUGGCAGUAGCAGGCACCCUGACGGGGCCACAGAGCACACUGCAGUUACUGAUAAAAUGAUGAAAGUCGAAGCCAAAGAGGAAAAGUCUGAUGAUGAAGAUGGUCCUCCGGCGAAAAGGAAAAGAGACGAGAGCAGUGAAGCAGCAGGACGGGUGGCAUUUUUCAAAGAGGUAAAGGUGGAUGACGAGAAUGAGGACGCUGUAACCGCUACUGACGCUGAGAGCUCGGACACUGGCACAGCGAAAGGGGAGCUCGAAGUGACUGGAAUGGAACACUCUGUAUCAGCACAAGUCAAAAGGAAGAAAAAAUUGCGUAAACGCAAGAAGAAGACGCAACACUCUGAGUCCAAAGAGCAAAAACCUUCGCUGUUGGUGAUGCCAAAGUGCGAGUGGAAGCGACUCAGGAACAAGUACCUCGCUUUGCAGAAGGCCACAAUGACAGAAAUCAAGCGCUCGUUGCUGCUUCCAUCAUCGGGGUACACACCCAUUCCAUCCCCGUGCUACACGCUCUCGUCCCCUGUGGAAACAUCAUUGACUGCAGACUCCGACAUCACUCCAGCAUCUCGGGAAGGUGAGGCUUGGGAAAUGUCCUCUGAUGACAGAGGGAACAAGGAGCCAUCAAGCUCAGGUACGGAGCCAUCAAGCUCAGGUGCGGAGCCAUCAAGCUCAGGUAUGGAGCCAUCAAGCACAGGCACGGGGCCAUCAAGCACUUCAGAAACAACACAAGCCUCACAGAUGCUGGAGUUUCAGCCUGGAGUCAUUGUCAAGCUGGUCACUGAAAAGCCAGUCUCCAACACUGCUGAGUUUAAAAACAACAUCCGGCAGCUAGCCAAUGUGGCAUACGUGGAUGUUAUGGAAGGCGACAAUGUCGCAUAUGUGCGUUGUGCUGAUCCGGAAGGAGCCUGCCAGUUCAUCGAGAACCAGAAGGAGUCAUUCUGUGGUGCCCUCUUCUUGCUUACUGGAGAUGAGGAGAAGUCUUACUGGGAAAAGAUAAACCUCGACCGGGAGACACGUCGCAGCCAAAAGACCAGGCAGAAAAAACGAGGUGUCGAGAAGGUAAUGGCAAAGGCCCAGAAGAUGAUGGAGAAGAAAAACCUGCACAUCCACUUCGAUGACCUCUGAAGCCAUCUUUGAAAGCAAUAUUGUUUUUGUACAGUUGUGAUCAGCACAAGGGUUUGCUAAUUACCUUUUUGUUGAAGUUUAAGUACGAAAAUGUAUACGAACAUUAAACAUAGUAAUUCAUACCUA